GAACAAUCACUCGCACACAAAACACACACUCUUCUAGAUAUAUAGAGAAGGAUUCUUAAUUAGAUACGUACGUAGUACCUUUUCUUAUCCGAUCCGGCUAAGUUACAUAUCCUCUCUUCUUUUUCUUUUUUAACUAGGGUUUCGGGAAUUCGAGAUUACUAACAUCAAGAAAGCAAAUCUUUAUCCGUACGUACUUUUUAACAAAAGAGACACAACCUAAGUUAUCUAUCAAGAUCUUGUUGAGAUAUCUUUAGAUAGAGAGAGAGAGAUGUUUCGUUUUCCGGUGAGUCUUGGAGGAGGUCCACGUGACAAUACCAAGCAGUCUGAUGAGCAGCAGCAUCAUCGGGCGGUGGUUGAUGAGGUUGACUUUUUCAGAUCAGCGGAGAAGAGAGAUAGGGUUGCACGUGAUGAACAAAACAUUAUCACCGACGAUGAGACUCAUAUGGUUCAUGUCAAAAGGGAGAUCAAUUCACGUGUUGAUGAUCAUCAUGACGAUCGUUCUACUGAUCAUAUCAAUAUUGGACUAAAUCUUCUAACUGCGAAUACGGGAAGCGACGAGUCAAUGGUGGAUGAUGGGUUGUCUGUGGAUAUGGAAGAGAAACGUACAAAGUGUGAGAACGUACAACUUCGAGAAGAGCUAAAGAAGGCGAGUGAAGAUAACCAAAGACUAAAGGAAAUGCUAAGUCAAACAACCAAGAACUUCAACUCCUUGCAGAUGCAACUUGUUGCUGUCAUGAGGCAACAAGAAGAAGAUCAUCAUCACCUGGCUACGACCGAGAACAAAGACAAUGCCAAGAGCCGACAUGAAGUGCCCGAAAUGGUUCCAAGACAGUUUAUCGAUUUGGGACCGCCAUCUGAUGAAGCAUCGUCCGAGGAGAGGACUACUGUUCGGUCAGGAUCUCCUCCAUCGCUUCUAGAGAAAUCUAGCCCACGUCAAAAUGGAAAGAGAGCGCUUGCAAGAGAAGAAAGCCCUGAAACCGAAUCCAACGGCUGGAGAACCCCUAACAAAGUUCCUAAACACCACGCGUCCUCCAGCAAUGGCAAUGGAAAUAACAAUGUUAUCGAGCAAUCAACCGCCGAAGCCACCAUGCGUAAAGCUCGUGUCUCCGUUCGCGCUCGAUCCGAAGCCCCAAUGUUAAGCGAUGGAUGUCAAUGGAGAAAAUACGGACAGAAAAUGGCGAAAGGAAACCCGUGCCCUCGAGCUUAUUACCGUUGCACAAUGGUCAAUGGAUGCCCCGUUCGCAAGCAAGUGCAACGUUGUGCGGAAGACAGAACCAUUCUCAUAACAACCUAUGAAGGAAACCAUAACCAUCCAUUACCUCCAGCAGCUAUGAGUAUGGCCUCGACCACAACUGCAGCAGCAAGCAUGCUUCUCUCAGGCUCCACCAUGUCAAGCCAAGACGGUUUAAUGAACCCAACAAAUCUAUUGGCUCGAACAAUGUUACCAUGUUCCUCAAGCAUGGCCACUAUCUCAGCAUCUGCACCGUUCCCAACCAUUACAUUAGACCUCACAGAGUCACCAAACGGUAAUAAUUUAACCAAUAACCCGUUGAUGCAAUUCUCUCAACGGUCUGGUUUCGCGGAGUUGAACCAAUCGGUUUUGCCUCAAAUGAUGGGUCAAGCUUUGUAUUACAACCAACAGUCUAAGUUCUCAGGAUUGCAUAUGCCGUCUCAGUCGCUAAACGCUGGCGAGAGCGUUAGUGCCGCUACUGCAGCCAUCGCCUCGAAUCCAAACUUUGCAGCGGCUCUGGCUGCAGCCAUAACGUCUAUCAUCAAUGGUUCGAAUAAUCAGCAGAAUAAUGGGAGCAGCAAUAACAGUAACGUUACGACGAGCAACGGACAAUAACAUUUUCUUUAUAUGUUUUAGUUAGUUCCUUUUUUAUUGGUUGAUUUUUUUUUUGGUUUUUUUUUUCUUUUUAACUUUUGAUUUUUAGUCACGGCUUCUUUUUUUUUUUCUUUCUUUCCUGAACAACAAUGAGUCUUGAGAGCAAAUUUUUUAUAUCUCAUUCGUUGUGUAUGAUCGACUAUUAUGUUCAGGACAUAGAUUGCUUAAAUUUUUCCGAAAGCAAUGACUUCUUAUGAAGUCAAAUACGCAUCUUGGACUAUAAAAUCGUAGACCCGUCUAUGUGCCUUUGUGAAACAA